UGGUCCGUUUUGGGCAGUGGAGUAUUGUAUUUUCCUACUUCCAUGGACGCGAGCUUCGUUUGCCUUUAGCGAGACGUAGAAUCGAAUCAUGGCAGAUCUUGUUAGACGAAUUUGGAUUAAGUGUUCUAUAAGAAACCAUGGACACAGCUUAUUGUAACAAAUCGUUGUAUACAAAUAUUCCCAAUACUAUUCGCUUCCGGUUUUGUGGGAAUUGUGAUUUGAUUGUGGCAUGAUUAAAUUGCUUGGAGGUGACGUCUAUGGCCGAACAAGCUAGUUCCGCGUUGGGUAACGCGUCUUCUAUUAGUACCAGGAGGGGAAAUAUAGAAGGAAAUACUAGAUCUAGAGUCGGUUCUCACAAAGAUAGUAAAAAAAGCACAAAUAAUCAAGUGGAUGUGGCUAUAUUAAAUUCAGAUAACACUGAAACAACAAUUGUGAAUGAAUCAUCUGUAUCUAUUCCAAGGAGUCGUAAAAGUAAAUCGAGUACUAGGAAUACCCGCACCAGUAAUUCUAAUACGCUAAUACAAAAAGAACUACCAAGUACAAGUAGAAAAUCAGCAAUAUCCAAAUCGCCCAAAAAUAGAAAACAAAAAGUCAAUAACUCCACUUUCAGCCCUGCUGAAAAUAGAUAUCCAUUGCGUAGUAAAUCAAAAGGAUCAUCACGCUCUGAAGAAAAUAACAUAACUAACGAACUUUCUACCCACGAAACAGAACCUUCUCCUAAUAAACGUCCAAAAUUAGAACUCCCUACGCUGGGUACGUCUUCAAGUCAAAGUAAGAAUAGGGAGGAAACUAAUUUACGCGCGUCUUUACCGCUGCGUAGGAAACGAGGAAGACCAACAACGGGGUCUUGUGCUAGUAGCAGUCGCCGCGGUAAUACCAAAGCGAGUGGUAGAGAGGCUGCAGAAUUGGCUAUGGAAGGUGUGGUUGAAGGGGAUGGGAUGGCUGAGGGCAAUGACAACAUGAAUAAUAUACUACCUUCCACAUCUAGCUCAAUUAGCACUAAUGCCCCCGAUAUGGCUACAUCUUCUUCUACCACUUCCAAUACAAAUCCUUCUUCAUCUGGCACACAAGCUACUGGAGGUGGUGUGAACUGGCCUACAGCAUGGAGUAGUGGAACUACUAGUCAUGAUAGUGAAGAGGAAGGUGAAGUUGGACGUUUACAAGCAUUAUUAGAAUCUAGAGGAUUACCACCCCAUUUAUUUGGUGCAUUAGCCCCUCGUAUGCACCAUUUGUUCAAUCGUUCAAUGGGUGCUGCAUCUACAACCUCUAAAGCUCAACAAUUAUUGCAAGGAAUGCAAGCCACUGGAGAUGAAGGACAGCAACUUCAAGCCGUUAUUGAAAUGUGCCAAAUGUUGGUUAUGGGCAAUGAAGAUACUUUAACUGGAUUUCCUGUGAAACCUGUAGUCUCUGCACUUAUAAUUUUACUUUCGAUGGAACACAAUUUUGACAUGAUGAAUCAUGCUUGUCGUGCUUUGACUUAUAUGAUGGAAGCACUUCCUCGUUCGUCAGCUGCUGUUCUUGAUGCUGUUCCAGCAAUGCUAGAUAAACUGCAAGCAAUACAAUGUAUGGAUGUGGCUGAACAAUCCCUUUCUGCUUUAGAAAUGCUUUCGAGAAGACAUGGUCGAUCUAUAUUACAAUCUAAUGGCGUGGCUGCAUGUUUAACUUUUAUAGAUUUCUUUAGUAUUAAUGCACAAAGAGCAGCUCUAGCUAUCACUGCAAAUUGUUGUCAAAACAUGAAUGCUGAUGAAUUCCACUAUGUUUCUAAGUCAUUACCAUUACUGUCAAGUCGUAUUACUCAACAGGACAAGAAAAGCGUAGAAAGUGUUUGUUUGGCAUUUAGUCGUCUGGUUGAGAACUUCCAAUCUGAUCCUAACAAAUUAAAAGAAAUUGCAAGUGAUGAACUGUUAACUAAUCUUCAGCAAUUGGUUGUUGCAUCUCCUCCCGUUAUGAGUACAAAUACAUUUAUUAUGGUAUUGAGAAUGAUGUCAACAUUAUGUACCAACUGUCCAGAAUUGUCACAAACUUUACUGAAAAAUAAUAUUGCUGAAACUCUUGGCUACCUUCUUACUGGAUCUCCUUCUCCAGAACUUACACAGAUUGAAUUGCUUCCAAGAAGUUCCCAAGAAUUAUAUGAAGUUACAUGUCUUAUUGGUGAACUCAUGCCGAGGUUGCCUGCUGAUGGAUUAUUUUCAGUUGAUAGUCUUCUUGAUCGUCAUGGUAUUUACGGUGCAAUUCAAGGAUCUGGAUCUUCUCAACAAAUGGUACAGUGGCAAUGGAGGGAUGAUAGAUCUAUGUGGCAUUCUUAUACAUCAUUAGAUUCAAGAAUAAUCGAGGUUGCGCAUCAAGCUGGUGAAGAUGAAGUUCUCUUAAGUCAUGCUCCUUACACAAUUGAUCUCCAUUCUAUGAGACAAAUCAAUGAAGAUACUGGCACCACACGAGCAAUUCAACGCAAAGUCUUAACAGUACCAUCAUCUUUCAAUAACAACCUUCAAACAAGAUCAACCUCUGAUAUAGAAACAGUAGUUGCAUCAUUUGGUGAAAAUGAACUGGCUGGAGCAUUUGUACGUUUAUUAUUUAGUAUAUUAUAUGAAGUUUAUAACAGUUCAGCUGGUCCAUUGGUCAGAUAUAAAUGUCUACGUGCAUUGUUGCGCAUGGUUUACUACUCUCCAGCAGAAUUGCUUUUGAAGGUUGUUACUCAAAAACAGAUGGUUGCUAGUCAUAUUGCUGGUAUGAUGGCAUCCCAAGAUUUACGUAUUGUGGUUGGUGCAAUGCAGAUGGCUGAAAUUUUAAUGCAAAAACUACCCCAAGUUUUUGAAACUCAUUUCAUACGUGAGGGUGUUAUGCAUCAAGUUAAAUUAUUAGCUGAAGCUGAUAUUCAAACACCUGUGAAGUGUUCUCCAUCUACAUCAAGUGCAGGAGUUGAAGGAUUGCCAGGACCAUCUAGAAGUACUCCUAAUGAUUAUACUUUAAAUCAAUGUCCAAUACCAGCUGAAAACGGAAAUAAUGAAGUUAAAUCAACAACUAGUGGUAUCGACGUCGAAGCAGAGCCUGUAGCAGAAGCAACUAUCUUAGCCCAAGUAGCCCGUUGUUCUACCAAUCGAAUGUCAGAAGUAUUUAAACGAAAUAAAAAACACAACAAACGACAGACUACUGGUGCUGCACGUAAAAAAGGAAAUCAAGACAAUGAAUUGAAUGAUGUACAAACUAUAGCCAGUAGUAGUGCUAGUACUAGUAAUAAUCUUUCACCAAAUUCUGCUCAAGCUAUUACUCUACAUGAAUUUUUUAUAUCAAAAGGCAACACUUCUUCUUCACGCGCUGUAGGUGUUAAUGCAUCAUCAUCAAGAACACGUUUUUCCAAUUCAAAUUUUAAAACAACUUCAGGGUUUUUAGCAUCAUUAAAUCCAGCAAGACUUUUAAGAAGUACAGAAAGAGCAUUUUCCAAAGAAUUAACCAAAAAUCCCAAUAUGCACAUCAAUGGAGCAGCAACUUUAACAAAUCCAGCAUCGAAUAUAAGUGCUGUGAACAAAGAAAAAGCUAAACUGUGGGUUAAAGAAAGAUCACAACAUUUUAUGAUUUCGUAUGAUAAAAGUACAAAAGAUGAAGAAAUGACUACAGAAAAUGAACAGUCAGAAAGUAUUUUAGCACGUCUUACAAAAGCUAUUAGUAAAUUACAAAAUGAGGGAAAUGAAGAUAUUAAUGCUCUUUUGGAAUUAAGAGAAAUAGUGUUGACCUCAGACAUAUCACCAUUUGAAGUAAAUCAUAGUGGAUUAAUUAAGUCACUUACUGUAUAUUUAACUGAAGUCACAUUGGGUUUUGAUCAUAGAAGUGAAAGAUUACGAAAGUUUUUACAUGUUUUUGCUGGAUAUCCUCUUGAUAGUUUUGAACCAUUUACAAAGAGUCACGGCAAUAUAGAAACUCGACCGUUUUCUGCAUUAAUAGGAAAGUUGGGUAGUUGUGUGUCACAGUUGGAACAAUUUCCAGUAAAAGUACAUGACUUGUCAACUGGAGCUGGAAAUAGCGCUUUGAAAUUUUUUAAUACACAUCAACUUAAAUGUCUGUUACAAAGACAUCCGGAUUGCAAUAAUUUGAAACAAUGGAAAAGUGGAACUGUUAAAAUUGAUCCAUUAGCUUUAGUACAAGCAAUUGAAAGAUAUUUAGUAGUUAGAGGUUUUUCUCAUAUUAGAGAAAAUAAUCAAUCUAAAUCUGAUGACGACAAUUCUGAUGAUGAUAUUGAUGACACAUUGGCGGCAGUUGUGAUUGGACAAGGAUCUGCAAGACAUAAACUACAAUUUCUCAUAGGAAAUCAUGUACUUCCAUAUAAUAUGACUGUUUAUCAAGCUGUUCGUCAAUUUUCUACAACUAGUGAUAUGGAGACUGAUAAUGAAUCUGAACUUCCGUUGGGAUCAGCUGGAAUAUGGGUGCAAACACAUACCAUUUAUUACAGACCUUUGCCAGAAGAUACUGAAGUACAUUCACCUAAACCUACUACUAGCAGUUCCGGUAAAAAAGGAAGAUCAGGAACUCACAAAAGUGCCUCAAAAAAAGUGAAAGAUGAACUAUGGUUAGAAGGAGUAGUGUCUCCCGUCAAAUCGUCACUUGAACCAUAUCUCCAAUUAUCAUUGCCUGAGUAUGUUCAAAUUCAAGAUCCUUCAUUGCCGGUACUCAGUCUAUUAAGAGUUUUAAACGCCAUUAAUAGGUACUGGACUUCAUUAUAUCCAACACAACUUCAUAACAAUUCUAUUAUACCAUUUAGUGAAUUUAUUAAUGUUAAAAUAUCUGCAAAAGCAAACAGGCAACUUCAAGACCCCUUAGUUAUAAUGACUGGUAACUUACCCGCUUGGCUUCAGCAAGUUGCUUCGGCAUGUGCAUUUUUAUUGCCAUUUGAAACGCGACAAUUAUUAUUUUAUGCGACUGUAUUUGAUCGGGAUCGUGCAUUACAACGUUUACUUGACUCCAGUUCUGAGCUUCAAGGUGCUGGAAAUAAUACUAAUGGUGACAUGCAUGAUCGUGUUGCACCACGUCUAGAUAGACGUAAACGUUCAGUAACUAGAUCUAAUAUACUUUCUCAAGCGGAAGCUGUGAUAUCUGAAAAUGCUACUUCGCGAGCCUUACUAGAAAUACAAUAUGAAGAUGAAGUGGGGACAGGCUUAGGACCAACUUUAGAAUUUUAUGCGUUAGUCUCAAAAGAAUUACAAAAAGCUGAUUUAGAAUUAUGGAACAAUCCUUCAAAAUCUGAAUCUGACUCUUAUGUUUAUUCGUCAGAAGGACUUUAUCCUAAUCCAUUAGCUCGAACUAGUAAACUUCCACAUCAAGUUAAAAUGAAAUCAAAAUUUAAAUUUUUAGGAAAGUUUAUGGCGAAAGCUAUUAUGGAUUCAAGACUACUGGAUUUGCCAUUAAGUAUUACCAUGUACCGUUGGCUAUUAGGCCAUGAAAAUUAUCUUACUCUUGGUGAUCUUUCAUACAUAGUUCCUGAAAUAUACAAAACUUUAUCACAACUUCAUCAAUUAGUUCUUGAAAAAAGACUAAUCCUUAUUGAUAAUUCCCUAAAUGAUGAACAAAAAACUGAAAAGAUAAAAAAAAUUACCUUAGAUGGCUGUCCGAUAGAAGAUUUGGGACUUAAUUUUACAUUGCCUGGACAUGCCUCUAUUGAAUUACGUAAGAAUGGUCUAAAUAUAGAUGUCACAAUUGAUAAUUUGGAAAAAUAUAUUCAGUUGGUUUGUCAUUGGUUUUUACGGGAAGGCGUUUCCAAGCAGAUGGAAAGCCUUCGAGAAGGAUUUGAAAGUGUAUUCUCUCUUAAACGCCUUGGACAAUUAUUCUAUCCUGAAGAGUUGGAAGCAAUAUUUUGUGGGAAUACAAACACAACUAAAAAUUGGGAUGUGCGUAUGUUAUCGGAGUCAUGUCGCUUGGAUCAUGGAUAUACAGGAAAUUCUAGAGCUAUCGGGUUUCUUUUCAAAAUUUUAUCAGAGUAUGAUCAUCAACAACAAAGAGACUUUUUGAGAUUUGUUACUGGAGCGCCACGUCUUCCUGUUGGAGGUUUCAAAUCACUUUCUCCUGCGUUGACCAUUGUGCGGCGAAUAUUUGAUGAUAACGAUAAUCCAGACGAUUAUUUACCAUCUGUAAUGACAUGUGUGAACUACCUUAAACUACCAGAUUACUCCACCAUAGAUUUAAUGAGAAAAAAACUGCAACUGGCUGCCUCUGAAGGACAACAUUCUUUCCACCUUUCAUAA